AUGCUUUCCUUUCAUUUGUUUUUCUUUUCUGCUUCAUUAAUUUUUGAGCCUGAUUAUUCAAAUAGCCUUCCUAGUGAUUGCUCUACAGCCCGGCAAUAUAAUGAUUCAAAAAUUGAGCUUAUUGCAUACAAAGGUAAAUGUAUAUUCACAAAACCAGGAUUUUUCUUUGGAGAUAACUUGAUCAUUGAAAUAUAUUGGCAAGAAAAUAAUUCCACAGGCAACUUUUCCCAUUUAGGACCUUCGAAAAAUGGAUGCAUUGUAAAUGUUCAAGCAACAUAUAUAUAUGCAAUUUUAUUGUCUCCUAUUAGUCAGACAGUCCAUAUAUAUCCAACACAAGCGCUUUCUAGGACCUAUAAGACUUACACAGGGGCAGUUGUGACCUAUAAUAUAUAUUUUUCCACGAAAAACAUCACCGAAUAUAAGAUAAAUACUUCAUAUGAUGCAGGAAACGAAGAUCCAACUUUUGUAUAUAAUAAUCUUCUUGUUCUAGGCAACAAUGUAAGAAUAACGAAAUCAUCUUCAUCAUCUCUCAAUAAAGAUUCAAAACGUUCAUUGCUUGCGACCAUCCCAUUUAUUUCUGCUAACGAAAGCGGAAUGAGCUAUAUAGCAUUGGGGAGAUUGCCUUUAAUGGUUUCAAGAGCCGGAUCUUAUCUUUUUGAGAAUGUUGUAGAUGUUACUCUUGAACAAAUUGAAGGGAUACCAUGCGUUUCAGGAAUGAUUCCCUAUUCCCCUUCUAUUGCUUCGUUAAAAGAUAUUGAUCCAUCAUAUCAAGAACCACCAGACAACAAUACGGUUUCAAAAGAUCCAAGUUCUCCUAAGACUCCGAAACCAACUCCAACGCAUGUAAAUUACAUACUAAUUUCUGCAGUUUGUUUUGCUGUUGCAAUAGUCAUUGUUAUUGUUGUAUUGGUUAUAUUCAUUAAGCGAAAACGAGAUAAAAAGAUUGAAGAAGCAUCUCAGCACUCAUCAGACUCUUCUUAUUAUGACUAUUACUCUUAUGAUUCAGAAAACUCAAGUAUUCCUUAUACAUCCGGUAAUCCAACCUCAUUAGAUGCACGCAAGAAUCCAUAUUUAUCAGAUUCGAAGGAUGUUGAGCCUAUAUUGUCCCAUUCUGAUAUUAAUGACCAAAAUAUGAACUCGACAUCAAGCAAGAUCGACAGAACUGCUUCACAGACCAAUACUUAA